CGCAUGCGCAGUGAAUAUUAACCCAUUACGUACUGGACGCUGUUACGCGCAUGCGCGGUAGUGUGUUUGGUGACUUCAUAUAAGCUUGCGCAAUAGUGUUGGUGAGCGAUCGCACGUGUUUUGAUCUUUCAACAAAAAUUGUAUAAAGAUGAAUGUCUUUAAAAAGGACAGUUGUCCAGUAAUUUCAAGAUGCACACGGUGCUGUGACCAGUAUCACUGUCCUUUUUGUGAGACGUUCAAAACCAUAUCACAACUGUCCAUUGAUAACCAUGUAGAGAAUCAUCUAAAGUUGGCAGUACAUCAUGACGGAAUUUCAACUUACUACAAAGUAUGUAGCAACUGCAGCAUGAUGUACAGGUACCAGGAAUUUACUGAUGGUAUCCAUAACUUCAAUGACCAUCUUUUGCUUUCUCUACACUUGUGUGUAAUUCUACGCAAUGCUCUUCAGAAUCACACUGCUGUUAGCAGAGUAGUGAGCAUACUAGAAGCCACUGCCAAAGUAAAAUUCCCCAAAGACAUAGUGCUCCAUGGUUACCUCCACUUUGAAGCCUUAAGCAGCCAUGUUUAUUCUUACACCUGCAUCAAUUGUGGUUAUCACCCCAAAGUGGUGAUCAUGGAUCUCCACAAGAAAGGUGUAUUCACUAUUCCCUUCAGUGAAAUAGCCACACCACCAUCAGAAUUUAAGGGUGAUACAAACAUUGUCUCUUUUUGGGAAUCCAUAACAAUGGAAAUGAUUGGCCGGGGAUUUCUUUCAAGUGGCAGGAAAAAUCCCUUUGUAGUUUACCCAAGUUAUGAUUUCUGGGCUCCUUGGAUUGGACCUAAUACCCGGAAGUCAGACAUUGUUCUAAAUACUGAGCAUGCAAAACUACAAAAAACAAAGUCCUGUGAUGUUCCAGAUCUUGAUGUCACAGAGGAAAGGCUAGGUGAUGAGCUCUUUAAUGUAAAGGUUGAUGCAGUGAGGAAGCUGUGCAAAGAAUGUGGAUUGGACACAAAGGGAUCAAGGAUGGAUCUUGUGUUACGUUUGCGAACAGAGAUGCAAAACCGCUCAGCAUAUGACAAAAUCUUCCAGCAGAUUUGGGGUGCUUCUGGUGGCUGGGCAGUCAUUAUGUGUCCAUGUGGAAUAGUGUAUUCAAUCAAAUUCAACAUAAGAGCAGAAUCUCCAAGAGACUUUGCAGACUUGCUGCUGAGUUGGAAGCACUUUCCUAAUGUUGUUAUAUACGACUUUGCUAGAGGACUUGCUGCACAUGUUAAUCUUCGUGAAGCAGAUUCCCUACCUUUCAGUCCCCACGAAGGGAGACUUGCUGCACCAACUACAGCAAAUAUCCAGCUAGCAAAAGAAGGCAAGCUCAAGGUUAAUCUUCCAUGGUUGAAAAAUAAGAAGGAGGAUGAGAAUACCAACUGCCAUCCUUUGACUGGAUCAUCAGAGCAUUAUGCUUUGUAUGAUAAGUUCCAUGAAUUUAACACCAAAGACCCAAGAGAUGCUCUUCGACGAGUCCAAGUAGUCCCAGAACUUUGUGGAUGGGUAAAUACUCAAACUGCAGAACAACUCUUUGCUGCAAUGCGCAAAAACAACUAUUUUCUGAACAUGCUCACGCCAUCAGGACACACGUUUUUGAUGCGCAACAUCAUUCACCAUUAUAACACAGCACAGAAUAAGAACAUGGAGGACAGUCUAAGAAAAGUUGUAUCACCAAGUGAUCAGUUAACCUUCAAUGUUUAUGGUCAGAUAGUUCUUGGUACGGCUCCACAGUCCCUUAAUGAUAGUGAGGGACUCUCAUGUGAUAUUCUACAAAAAGGCCCAGUAAAACCCAGCCCUACACAGGUUUCAGGCCCUACACAGGUUUCAGGCCCUACACAGGUUUCAGGCCCUACACAGGGUUCAGGCCCUACCCAGGGUUCAGGCCCUACCCAGGGUUCAGGCCCUACCCAGGGUUCAGUGAUUGACAUGACAGCUCUACAAAAUAUCCAGCCAAACAGAGCAUGCUGGAUGCAUCCACACACCAGUAACCAAAUAAAGAUGAUAAAUAAUGCUUUAAAUGAAAAGGAAUCUGAAAAACAAUUUUUGGCUCAAGUAGAAACAAUUGUUUUGGACCGAUCAGAUUUUAUGACUUUGGGAAAUCCAAAUAAUGUUGAAGGGACUAUUUUGAAUGCCUGCCUUGCAGUCGUCAGGGAUAUUGCUGACUUAAAGAACAUAAAGGUCCAUUGCUAUAACUCGUAUGUGACCAGGACAUGGUUGCCACCAUAUUGUGCAGACCCUUCAGCUAACUUACCUGACAACAUAGCCAGAUGUGACUAUAUCUUACUGCCUUCCUGUGCAUCAAACCACUGGAUGAUAUGUGUAAGUCUAGUAUGUUUAAAUAAAUUCUCCUCAAAGAAAAAAACAAACUGUGGUGUUUUCCAUUAAAGCAAGUAACACUGAGAUUUUUUAACAUAACUAACAAUUGUAUCUUCCAAGAAUCGUUUAAUAUAACCAGUUUUACAGAUCAUGAAACCAAAAUGCAGAGAGAUGUUUUUGCUUGACUCACUGCACGGCACGGGCAUCAGCGAUUCUCGUUACAUUGAUUCCUACAGGUUUUCUUCAGAAAAUUUUAAGAGUUCAAAAGAAGUUCAGGAUUAUGGUAGUUCUGUUUUGUGCCAUACAUCCUUUUGCAUGCAUUUUUUUUCUAUGGCUCAUUUUUCAUUGAUGCUUAAACUGUUUAAAUCUACCUAAUUUCUGGAAUUAUAUUUUAUAGUUAAUGGGUAUAUUUGUUUAAACAGUGUUAAAUGAGCCAAGAAUUUGUUUGGGGUCGUUCCACCCCAGUUUGUUCGUUUGUUUAUUUUAUUAGCAUUUCAUUAUUAUUUUAGUCAAUUUUUGUUUUAAUAAAGCUGGCUUGAAAAAGCCAACUUACUGUAAUGCUACUUAAAUGUAUAUUUUUUCUUUUUUUUCAUGCUUUUAUACUACUCCACACUUUCUAUAUAGGCUUUUUCAAGCCAACUUAAAGUUUAUCUAUGAACUUUACUCAUCUAGUUGUUUUUUAAAUGCUUUGUAGAAUACUUGCACAGGAACUACAUCCUGGGCCGUGGAAAGAAUAUGGACGUAAUGAUCUCAGCGGUGCUCCAAGGCAGAUUUGGUCAAAUAACUGUGGAGUGUUUGUGUUGAUGUACACAUUGUACGUUGUAAUGGGAGGUGUCUUUGAUUUUGCUGAGUCUGACAUGGCUGCAAUAAGGAGAUGGUGGUGCUUACUCCUGCUAACAAAUUACCAUGUCAAAUCAGAUGCUGAAAGAAAGCUUCUCAGAAAAAGGCACAAAGCAAUGAAGACAGGUUUAACUUCAACUAAAACAGCAUUGGCAACAGAAGCUGAUUACAUAACUAAGAUGCCACCUAAGGUCCUGAGAUGUAUACUUAUGCAUGUGGUCAAAGAAGAUGGAGAUGUGGCUUUAUUCAGACUGUCUUUGACGUGCAGGCUUUUCCGUGAUGUUGUUUGUGAGGCACCAUUCAGAGAAGAAGCUCAUUUUGCCUGGCUUGACAGUGUUGUCGACUGGAGUGCAUUCUCCAGUGACUUCAAGGAGAUGUAUCGAGUGGCAUAUAAACUGACCACUUGCCUUUGUUGUGGAUACAUAUUUAAAGAUUUCCCGCCAGGCUAUGUUGGAGAUGGAAGGAAAGGAAUUCUUCGUGCAUUUUACUCUACCAAAUACUUUGACGGUUACUGCUCAGCAGACUGCUUCAUCAUUGACGGAAAUCACUAUAGCCCUUAGAACAGGGGUCACCAAUGCUGGUCCUUGUGGGCCGGUGUCUCUGCAGAGUUUAGCUCCAACCCUAAUCAAACACACCUGAAGCACCAAUUAGCUACUUCAGGUGUGUUUGAUUGGGGUUGGAGCUAAACUCUGCAGACACCGACCCUCAAGGACCAGGAUUGGUGACCACUGCCUUAGAACAACAUGAGGUGGAACAUAAAUGGUCACUUGAGUGACAAAUGCUUGAUCUGAAGUUUUACAUUUUUUGUGUUUUGCACUCAACAGCAAAGAAACCUUAUAAUGUAUAGCCAUUAAAGAAGGAACAACAGACAAAACAUCAUUAAGCAUUUAUUGGUACAGAUGUGGCCUUUAAA